AUGCUAGUGAAGAUGCUGCUGUGUGUGGUCAAAGCUACGAGCACUGAUGGAGAAAACAAUGUGGCCACUACCUCCACCACCACCACAAUAACCGUGACAACAGGAGCUACCACACACGCUAAGAUCCUUGCUGCUAACAGUGACAGCAGCAUCGACUCUGCAGGCAGUACACAACAAGAACCCACUCAAGGUAUUACCGAUAAGGAAGUCCAGGCCACCAUAGUCACUAGCCAAGAGGACCUACAACCCACAACAGUAAGCCGAGAGGAGCCAGAAUUCAAUAAAGCUACGAGCCAAGAGGAACCCAUCACAGAGACUAGCCAAGAGGAACCCAUCACGGAGACUAGCCAAGAGGAACCCAUCACAGAGACUAGCCAAGAGGAACCCAUCAUGGAGACUAGCCAAGAGGAACCCAUCACAGAGACUAGCCAAGAGGAACCCAUCAUGGAGACUAGCCAAGAGGAACCCAUCAUGGAGACUAGCCAAGAGGAACCCAUCACAGAGACUAGCCAAGAGGAACCCAUCACAGAGACUAGCCAAGAGGAACCCAUCACAGAGACUAGCCAAGAGGAACCCAUCACAGAGACUCGCCAAGAGGAACCCAUCACAGAGACUCGCCAAGAGGAACCCAUCACAGAGACUAGCCAAGAGGAACCAGAACCACCACCACCUACUAGCCAAGAGGAACUCAUCAUGGAGACUAGCCAAGAGGAACCACACACACCUACUAGCCAAGAGGAAGCAGAACCAACACCACCUACUAGCCAAGAGGAAGCAGAACCACCCACACCUACUAGCCAAGAGGAACCAGAACCACCACCACCUACUAGCCAAGAGGAACCAGAACCAACACCACCUACUAGCCAAGAGGAACCAGAACCAACACCACCUACUAGCCAAGAGGAACCAGAACCACCACCACCUACUAGCCAAGAGGAACCAGAACCACCACCACCUACUAGCCAAGAGGAACCAGAACUACCACCACCUACUAGCCAAGAGGAUCCAGAACCACCACCACCUACUAGCCAAGAGGAAGCAGAACCACCACCACCUACUAGCCAAGAGGAACCAGAACCACCACCACCUACUAGCCAAGAGGAAGCAGAACCACCACCACCUACUAGCCAAGAGGAACCAGAACCAACACCACCUACUAGCCAAGAGGAAGCAGAACCACCACCACCUACUAGCCAAGAGGAACCAGAACCAACACCACCUACUAGCCAAGAGGAACCAGAACCACCACCACCUACUAGCCAAGAGGAACCAGAACCACACACACCUACUAGCCAAGAGGAAGCAGAACCAACACCACCUACUAGCCAAGAGGAAGCAGAACCACCCACACCUACUAGCCAAGAGGAACCAGAACCACCACCACCUACUAGCCCAAGAGGGAACCAGAACCAACACCACCUACUAGCCAAGAGGAACCAGAACCACCCACACCUAGCCAAGAGGAAGCAGAACCACCACCACCUACUAGCCAAGAGGAACCAGAACCACCACCACCUACUAGCCAAGAGGAACCAGAACUACCACCACCUACUAGCCAAGAGGAACCAGAACCACCACCACCUACUAGCCAAGAGGAAGCAGAACCACCACCACCUACUAGCCAAGAGGAACCAGAACCACCACCACCUACUAGCCAAGAGGAAGCAGAACCACCACCACCUACUAGCCAAGAGGAAGCAGAACCACCACCACCUACUAGCCAAGAGGAACCAGAACCAACACCACCUACUAGCCAAGAGGAACCAGAACCAACACCACCUACUAGCCAAGAGGAACCAGAACCACCACCACCUACUAGCCAAGAGGAACCAGAACCAACACCACCUACUAGCCAAGAGGAAGCAGAAACCACCACCACCUACUAGCCAAGAGGAACCAGAACCACCCACACCUACUAGCCAAGAGGAAGCAGAACCAACACCACCUACUAGCCAAGAGGAACCAGAACCACCACCACCUACUAGCCAAGAGGAACCAGAACCAACACCACCUACUAGCCAAGAGGGAAGCAGAACCAACACCACCUACUAG